UAGCUGCCCCGCUCUUCCUGUUCCGUCCUCGGCUUCCUUACAACACCCCCACCUGCCAGAGCCGAGCCUCCCCAGGCCUUGCCUAACCUUAAGUGAGCCCUCAGUUCUUCUGGUUGCAGACGUUUCUUUAUCCCCAAUGAGAGAAGUGGUGGAUCCAGGUCUCUUAAGAGCUGGGAGUUGAGGGCACUAGCCAACGCACAGACCCGGCACCUCUGUCUCCGAAGACACUAGCACCCUCCAUGUGGAGCCAAGAUGGGGAACGGAACUGAGGAAGAUUAUAACUUUGUCUUCAAGGUGGUGCUGAUCGGAGAGUCAGGCGUGGGGAAGACCAAUCUGCUGUCCCGAUUCACACGCAAUGAGUUCAGCCACGACAGCCGCACCACAAUCGGGGUUGAGUUCUCCACCCGCACUGUCAUGCUGGGCACCGCUGCUGUCAAGGCUCAGAUCUGGGACACGGCUGGCCUGGAGCGAUACCGAGCCAUCACCUCAGCGUACUACCGCGGUGCAGUGGGCGCCCUCCUGGUGUUCGACCUAACCAAGCACCAGACCUAUGCCGUGGUGGAGCGCUGGCUGAAGGAGCUGUACGACCACGCCGAGGCCACUAUCGUCGUCAUGCUCGUGGGCAACAAGAGCGACCUCAGCCAGGCCCGGGAGGUGCCCACUGAUGAGGCCCGCAUGUUCGCUGAAAACAAUGGGCUGCUAUUCCUGGAGACCUCAGCCCUGGAUUCCACCAACGUGGAGCUGGCCUUUGAGACUGUCCUCAAAGAGAUUUUCGCGAAAGUGUCCAAGCAGAGGCAGAACAGCACACGGACCAAUGCCGUCACCCUGAGCAGUGCCCAGGCCGGGCAGGAGCCUGGCCCUGGUGAGAAGAGGGCCUGUUGCAUCAGCCUCUGACCUUAGCUGGCACCAGCCUUGCCCCAUGAGCUUUCUGGUGCUCCCCAGCCCCGUGCUCUGGGACCUUUCCCUGCCCUGUGGCUCCAGGUGUCAGAGUGGCCAGUUCCCUGUUCACAGCCCCCCAGAGCUCUAAGUUCUUCAUGUCCCACCAUCCCCCCUGUUAUCUGCCACCCCUCCCAGACUAAAGCCCUCAAAUAAAGCUGUUUUGUAUCAA